AUCAAGCUCGUUUACAAAAAUAAUCAGCAUCCUACAAAAAGCACUUUCUAUUGUAAUAAACUAAAUAAAAGCAACAUGUACAGAUCCGCGAGUUGGAACCGUGGGACAGAAGACUACUCGUCCGCACCACCUAAAGGACUGUGGAUGGGCUCGAUGAUCGGUUCCCUCGACGAUGACGAACUACCUUCAUAUAAUAAUCCACCAGAGGAGAUGAUCAAGAAGGAGAAGUCACGUGCCAAGUUCGCAGAAAACGCUAUUCACAUCAUUCCUUUUGUUCUUCUUGCAUGCGCUCUCGUCCUUUGGCUCUUCUCAAAUCCAGAUGUGGAUGUUGGGAUGAGAGAGGAAUCUAUUGCGGCUAGGAUUGAAGGAUUGACAAUCGAAGGGGACAUUGACAAUGACAGCGAUGGAACUCAGACUGGUUUCUUGGGAGCCACCUUAGAACUAGGUGGUGAUUCAGACAAACCACACCAUGUUGAUCGGAACAGGCGAGCUUCAAGGAAACUGAUCAAAGGUUUCUAAGAUUUGUUUUGAUUAUUUUUAUUUAAUCUAUAAGUUUUGCUAAAACUAUGAAUGUUUGUUUUCUGGUUAAUGAAGGGGCAGCUAAAUUUAAAUCCAAUUAUAUUUUCUUAGAAACUUGUACAUGAAAUCCGGUUG